CUCCGUGCCGCCGCACUGCAUGCUGGGAGUCGUAGUCCAGAUUUGCUGUGUCAGGAAGGAUCCAAAGGGCAUCGGAGGCCAGCCCGCCCCCUCGCUACUAGAGGUCGAGUUCUUCCGCUGCUCAUUCUCUCGGGCGGAGCCUUCCGUGAACCCGGCUACGUUUGUCUGUGCCACCGUCUCUCUUCUGGGUUUCAAUAAAGUUUUCCUCUUCCUGCCCUGGUACGGAGCUCAAGAUGGCGGCUUCAUGGUCGCCCUUGGUUACCCUGCGCUUAACGCAGAGCCGGCUGAGAGGGAGAUGUGUUGGGUGCAGGGCUUGGGCCGCUGCUCUCACCCCUUCGGCCAUCGCCCCUGGAAACCCUCUUUGUAAAGCCUAUUCACUUCAGCCCCCUGAGAGUAUGUCUCCAACUGCUGCUACAGAGGCUUAUUCAAAAGCUUUAGCUGUUUGCCAUGGACCACUGGACCACUAUGACUUUCUGAUCAAAGCUCGUGAGCUAAAGGAUGAUGAGCAUCAAAGAAGAGUCAUACAAUGUCUGCAGAAACUGCAUGAGGACCUUAAAGGAUACAGGAUAGAGGAAGGCCUUUUUUCUAAGCUUUUUUCAAGGAGCAAACCUCCAAGGGGCCUGUAUGUUUAUGGAGAUGUGGGUACAGGGAAAACAAUGGUGAUGGACAUGUUUUAUGCUUAUGUGGAAAUGAAGAGGAAAAAACGUGUUCAUUUUCAUGGUUUCAUGCUAGACGUUCACCAAAGGAUACACCGCCUUAAACAGAGUUUGCCAAAGAGGAAACCAGGAUUCAUGGCUAAAUCAUACGAUCCAAUAGCUCCUAUAGCUGAAGAAAUUAGUGAAGAAGCAUGUCUCUUAUGUUUUGAUGAGUUUCAGGUCACUGACAUUGCUGAUGCCAUGAUUCUGAAACAGCUUUUUGAAAAUCUGUUCAAAAACGGGGUCGUCGUUGUGGCAACAUCCAAUAGGCCACCGGAAGAUCUCUAUAAAAAUGGACUCCAAAGAGCUAAUUUUGUCCCAUUCAUAGCUGUCCUGAAGGAAUAUUGUAAUACAGUCCAACUAGAUUCUGGGAUAGAUUAUCGGAAGAGGGAGCUUCCUGCUGCAGGAAAACUCUACUACCUCACAAGUGAAGCUGAUGUGGAGGCUGUCAUGGAUAAGUUGUUUGAUGAGCUGGCUCAGAAACAAAAUGAUUUAACUAGACCAAGGAUUCUAAAAGUGCAAGGCAGAGAGCUGCGGCUGAAUAAAGCCUGUGGAACCGUUGCCGACUGCACAUUUGAAGAGCUGUGUGAGAGACCACUUGGAGCCAGUGACUAUUUGGAACUGUCAAAGAAUUUUGACACAGUAUUUUUACGAAACAUUCCACAAUUUACCCUGGCAAAGAGGACCCAAGCUCGGAGAUUCAUAACUCUCAUUGAUAACUUUUAUGAUUUCAAGGUGCGUAUAAUUUGCUCUGCAUCAGCUCCUAUAUCAAGCUUAUUUUUCUAUGAUCAUCAUGACAGUGAGUUGGAGCAAAGCAGAAUACUGAUGGAUGAUUUGGGGCUGAGCCAGGACUCAGCAGAAGGACUCGCCAUGUUUACUGGAGAAGAGGAAAUCUUUGCAUUUCAGCGCACAAUUUCCCGACUCACAGAAAUGCAGACUGAACAGUACUGGAAUGAAGGAGAUAGAAGCAAGAAGUAACCGUCACUUUUGCGUGAAUAAAACUCUGGACAAAUGAUUACUGCAGGGAGAACUCUUUAUUAUGGGACUUGAAGGAAUCAGUUUCUCAUUAUUAAUUAUGCACUUUGUCCUCUGGACCAUUUUUAUCUAAAAUUGCUGUCAAAGAUAUAGUGGUUUAGUAAGUUAAAGCCAUUUUUAGGUCUA